AUGGAUGAGGAAGAAGUCAAGAGCAACAAUGAAAGUUUGUUGGAGCCGAAAGUAAGCUUGAAUCAGCGAGCUUGUCGUAUAACUUUCAGCGUAAAGAAUCGCUCGCAACAGACCAAAGAUUCAUUUAUCAUUGACGAAUUUCCUAUGAAAAAUAGUUAA